GACAGAGGAGAGCCAGAGGAGAAAGACGAAGAUAAAGGAGGAGGAAGAUCAAGAGGUUGAGCAGCUGUACAUGAAUUAGGAUUUUCCUGAAUAUUUUCAGAGCAUCCUUCCAUUUACGGCAGCAGCAUGGCUGAGGGCUCAGUGUCUGUAGCAGGGGUGGAGAACUCCUUCCAGAAGUUUGCAGUCCACGGGGACAGCAAGGCCACAGGGAAGGAGAUGAACGGCAAGAACUUUGCUAAGCUCUGCAAGGACUGCCACAUCACUGAUGGCAAGAACGUCACCACCACUGAUGUUGACAUAGUUUUCAGCAAAGUCAAGCCAAAGUCAGCUCGUGUAAUCACAUUUGAGCAGUUCAACCAGGCCCUGACUGAGUUGGCUCCCAAGCGUUUUAAAGGCAAAAACAAGGAGGAGGCGCUACAGCAGCUCUAUGGUCUUAUUGUUGGGAAGGAGCCUUACAAUGUCGGAGUCACUAAAGUGGCAAAGGCAGCAGCAGUGGACAGACUGACUGAUACCACCAAAUACACUGGAUCACAUAAGGAGCGGUUCAGCGAGUCUGGCAAAGGAAAAGGGAAGGCCGGGCGUGAGGACAUCCCAGACAACAGUGGCUAUGUGUCAGCUUACAAGGGCAGCGGCACUUAUGAUGACAAAGUGAAGGAGGCAUAAUCCUGCUGAAGGUUAAUGAUGACCUGACCCUGAAUAGGGGUCUUUAAAAUCAUUGGCUAUUCCAUUUUUUUUGGGACAAAAGAUAUAUACAUAUGCACUGUGGGAAAACAAUUCAACAAAAAAAUAUAUAAUUGGAGUUCCAACAACCAGGAUGGGAAACGAAAAAAAGAAAUCAAAAGAUAAUGCGUUUUUUAUUUUUAACCUGCAGUGAUCACAGCAAUUUUAAUGGGUUGUAGCAUGAACAACUGAUAGUGCUGUAAAUAUAUUUUCACUUUACAGGGGCCAAAAGAUUAAACUGCACUUGUAGCCAAGCUUGCUUUUUAGAAACUAACUCUGCUUUGUAGUUUAGCUUAACACCGUGCCUUACUAUUGAUGUAGCCACUAGCGUGAAUGCUCUGAUAUAAUGUGCUGCUAUUCUCAGCUAACUUGAUGCAAUAGAUGAUCUUUUAGCUGGUUUCAAGAAAUAACAUUAUGUCUGUAGUCACUCCUUCACUUGUUAAGCAAAUCAUUUUAAAUUUCAGUGCCUUGUGCUACAUAACCGAUCAGUACCCAUUAUUUCUCUUGUCAUGGAAUUUAUUGUUAUGAUUAAAUCACAGGUGUUUUCCAAGUACAUUAUGUAUAGAGAGGUAACAAGCAGUGAAGAACACAGAGUUAGACUCCACUGAUGAAGCUAAAAACAUUUGGGGUGCUCUUACAUUGUCUGUAUUCCUUAUUUCUCGAUGCUCAUAUGAUGUAUCCUUUCACAUUGUUUUACAUUCUUCCUAGGUUGAAUGAAUUAAGAACAUCCUCUUUCUC